AUGGGGCGUACCCGCAGAGUCCAAGAGGAUGACUUGACCCGAAUGCCCUAUUUGCAGGCAACAGUAAAGGAAAUAUUACGGUUACACCCUGCUCUACAAAUGCUGAUUCCGCGGAACUCGAUGGAGGACACGGAGCUAAUGGGCUACUUUGUGCCUAAAAACACACAACUACUUGUUAACGCGUGGGCGAUCCAUAGGGACCCGGAAGCUUGGCCCGACCCGUUGUCAUUUAAACCGGAGAGGUUUUUGGAGUGUGAUGUAGAGUUCAAGGGGCAGCAUUUUGAGAUGAUCCCGUUUGGUUCGGGCCGAAGGAGCUGCUUGGGCAUGACUUUGGGUCACAGGACGGUGAGCCUGACCAUUGCUAGUUUGCUUCAGACGUUCGACUGGAAGCUUGCGGAUGGGCUUGGGCCUGACGAGGUGGACAUGAGGGAAAUGGUGGGCAUAACCUUGCGCAGGAAAGUGCCCUUGAAAGUGAUUCCCUAUCUACGGGAGCAAGGGCUAAAACAGAGGCCUCAUGAGUUUAUCCAUUGUUUCUUUAAUUUGUUCUGA